CCAAAUUAAAUUAAUCAAUCAUGAUCCCCAGCAAGUAGUUGAAUCUCGUUAACAUCUUUUAUCAUCUCUUUUGACUUCCUGAAUCACAAUAUCAACACACAGAUCUGAUCUCUCAGUAGCUUCACAAAUGACGACGACACUUUAUCUUCUUCUAAUCUCAUUCUUCUUCAUCGUAUCAAGAUCCUCCGGUUCCGCCAUCAUUAAUCCGUCAAAAGUCAAACAAAUUUCAUGGAAACCUAGGGCGUUUGUGUACGAAGGGUUUCUUACGGAUGAAGAAUGCGAUCACAUAAUUUCUCUUGCUAAAUCUGAGCUGAAAAGAUCUGCAGUUGCAGAUAAUGUUUCUGGUGAGAGUAAGCUUAGUGAGGUCAGAACAAGUUCCGGGAUGUUUAUCGCGAAGAAUAAGGAUCCAAUUGUUGCUGGCAUAGAAGAAAAGAUUGCAACUUGGACCUUCCUACCAAAAGAAAAUGGAGAGGACAUGCAAGUACUGAGAUAUGAGCAUGGCCAGAAAUACGACCCACACUUUGAUUACUUCAGCGACCCUGUUAAUAUUGCACGUGGUGGACACCGUAUAGCAACUGUUUUGAUGUAUCUCAGUGAUGUUGGAAAAGGUGGUGAGACGGUUUUUCCAUCAGCAGAGGAAGAUCCCCGCCGUAAAACACCAAAACCGGAUGAUUUGUCUGAAUGUGCAAAGAAAGGAAUUGCAGUAAAACCAAAAAAAGGAGAUGCACUUCUCUUCUUCAGCCUGUACCCAAACGCCAACACGGAUGUAAUGAGCCUACAUGGCGGUUGCCCUGUUCUCGAAGGGGAAAAAUGGUCAGCAACCAAGUGGAUCCAUGUCGACUCGUUUGACAAGAUUAUUGAUCAGGGCGGAAACUGCAAAGACUUGCACGAAAACUGUGAGAGAUGGGCGGCAUUGGGAGAAUGCACCAAGAACAAAGAAUAUAUGGUCGGAACCAAUGAAUACCCGGGCUAUUGUCGCCGAAGCUGCAAGCUGUGUUAAGUUCUUUAUUUCUUUUUACCACUACAUGUAAGUUUUAUAAUUUAUUUUUUUCUUUUGAUUUACUGAUACAUACACACUUUUUUACUUAUUUAUGUUAUAAUAUCAUCUUUUAUGAUGAUUCUAUGACUAUAAAGAUGCAUACGAGGUUAUUAUUCCCAUGUUUUUUUA